AUGGUUUUAAACAUAUCCCCACUGCUCAUUUUGGUUCUGACUACUACAUUUUUAGCCAUGGCUCGUACUCAUGAGUUCAAAGAAACCUAUAUGUCCCUAUACUUCCAGGACUUCACUGCCGGUCCAAAUCUCACGACAUUACCACUUGCUGGUAUCGCCUGUAAGCUUUGGACCUUCGAUCAAUUCGGAACAGUUUAUGUCAACGACGACCCCAUAACCGAAGGCCCAUGCCCUGAAUCGGCACUGGUUGGCCGAGCACAGGCUUUUGUUGUUACAUCAGCACUAAACGGACGUAAUGCCCUAGUUUUUCUGUCAAUUGUGUUCACAAACAAGAAGUACAAUGGCAGCACUAUUGAGAUACAAGGAAACAGUAAGCAAUUUGAGCCGGUAAGAGAGGUGGCGGUGGUUUCAGGUACGGGUGAAUUUAGAUUUGCUAGGGGAUAUGCUACACUUGAGACUUAUUUCGUCGAUCAACCAAGGGGCUACUCUGUUAUACGCUGUAAUAUUACAGUGCAACACCACUAG